CAUUGAUUGCAACUUCGUGUGAUACGUCAUUACCUCAACCGAACACUAAGGUCAUCGUUUUAUCAGUUCAAACGCUCGAUAUACGAUUCGUCAGCGUAUUUGCGUUCGUGAUUCAGCAAAACGGUAAUUGCAUCUUGUAACUAACCGGUAGUUGUUACGAAUACGAACAAGCUACAUUCUAUAAACGGUUGUUGCUGACGAACGUAGUCGAGAAACUUCUAAAGAUGGUUAAGGCUGUGUGCGUUCUUCAGGGUGAAGUCAAAGGCACCAUUUACUUUGAGCAGCCGGAUAACUCUAGUCCAGUCAAGGUCACAGGUCAAGUAACCGGUUUAAAGCAAGGGCUGCAUGGCUUUCACAUUCACGAAUUCGGCGAUAAUACUAACGGUUGUACAAGUGCUGGACCACAUUUCAACCCGUUAAAAAAAGAUCAUGGUGGUCCUGAUGCAGAUGUGCGUCAUGUUGGAGAUUUAGGCAAUGUUGAAGCAAAUGCAAGUGGUGUUGCUAAUGUCGACAUAACUGACAAGAUUAUUCAACUUCAAGGACCACACAACAUUAUUGGUAGAACUCUGGUGGUUCAUGCUGAUCCAGAUGACCUUGGUAAAGGUGGAGUUGAAUUGUCUAAGACAACAGGAAAUGCUGGAGCACGAUUAGCUUGUGGUGUUGUUGGAAUUGCAGCCUAAAUAUAUAUUCUAUUAUAAUAUUGCAAGUAAUGGAAAAAUCAUUAGAAACUAAACAAUGUUGCAUCUGUUACAAGUUUGAAUAUGAGUUCAACUAUCAUUCCUAAUUUUCGUGUAAUAAAUAUUUUUCAUAUGUAAUCCAUUGUAUAAUUAUAUUAAUAAAGUAAUGGUAUAUGGUAUAUUUUAUUAAAUCAGA